ACUGUGUGUGUGUUAGUGAAUUCAGACAUGGCGCUGAGAGGACUGAGCGGCUGUGCUCGCAUUAUACUGACCGAUGCAUCAAGAGCAGCAGUGCUUCGAGGCGCCCUACAGUCACACUGUCUCAAAUGUCGAGAUGGAGCAAAACGCCAUCUCUUGUCUGAAGAUGUGGUGAAGCUCCAGGAUUUCCAGCAGAGAAAACUCGCUGUUGCACACCAAGUGUCAGGAUCAAAGGGUUAUUAUUUUGAUACCGUAAAUCAGAAAAUUGAGAAAAACGAGCUAAUCUUGAAGGACGAAUUGAAACUUCUUCUGCAUUUAUGCCAGUCUGCUGAAGAUGUUAUCACGGCUAGAAAUGCUAUUUACAGGUACCAUAAAGAGAAUCGUAACAUGGCGUUUGGUGAAUUCAGGUUUGGCCCUCUUUUUAUGAGGUUAUGCUAUGAGCUGGGUUUAGAGGAGCUGGCAGCCACAACUAUUACAGAUCCGGCUCUGAAAGGAUUCUUUUCAGACUCCACAUCAUUUAAUAUCGCCAUGGACAUGCUUUUCAUUAAAGGAUGCUACGAAAGUGGUCUAGAGGUGGUUGGAGAGAUGAAGAAACAAGGAGUGCCAUUCAACAAAGACACCUUCAUACUAGCCUUUGCCACUUGCUAUAAACUGAACACUUCAAAGUCAUAUCAUAUCUGUUUGGCCCUGUUGGAAGAAGGUCAUACAAAGGGCAGCCUCAUCCCUCGGCAUGCCUAUUGCUUUGCAGCUGCCCUUGCUCUUAAACACAAUGAUGUGGAGAGAGCCCAGACAAUCUACUCUCAGAUCAUGAGCACAGACAGUCGACUUUGCCAGAACUUAAGAGUGCUCAUAUUGGCUAUGACAGGGUCCAUGAAAGAUGCAGUCUCUGCCCUCACAACAGCUUUAGUGUCAAAGACUCCAGUACUUGUGAAAAAACCUGAGUUCUCCCAGGAAGUGGUUAAUGUAUUGAAGAAGAAGAGUACUAAUGGACUGUGGGAGAAGAAGGUGGAGCAGGUGGUGAGGCGGUUAGAGGAGGCUGGCCAGAUCACAGGGCAGACCCUGGAUGAUUUCCUGUGUCACACCCCCUCAGGGAAAAGGAGGCCUUUGGGAGUAAUGGAACAGGAAAGAAUGACCAGUCAAAGGACUCGUAGACCUUUGCAGUCCACACUACUGUCAGAGUGAACACUGACUGAACAAGACUCUCAGCUUUAGUGUGCACUAUUAUGAGUGAAGGUCCUUGAUCAGCACACUCUGAAGACGGCACAUCCAAGCUCAGGCUUUGGUUUCAUCUACCUCCUUUUAUAUCAAGACAACCUACUGUUACCUUCAACUUUUGAAGUAAUUUAAAGACUUAAAAUCAGAAAGUUAUGUUUUGUUUUUUUUAUUUUUUUUUUAUUGUUAUUUGGGAUGCUGUAAACUCUUAUGAAAUAUUAUUAUUUUUUAUUUUUGUUUUUGUUUUUUUUGUGAAAUAUAAAGGAGGUUUGCUGAAUAGAGCUGUGAACCCUCUUAAUUUCCCAGAGGAUAUUUAGUUGUCAUAACCCUGCUUAUGAGCAAUAUACUUCAAAAUAUUAAAAAAACACUGAUAAUCAGUGUCAUUGUAAGAAUCAUGCAUGUCUUUUCUAAACAAAACAUGAAAUCAAAGCAGUUCUGCUAGAAGAUAAUUGGGUGCUUAAAGGGAUAUUUGACCCAAAAAUGAAAAUUCUUUCAUCAUUUACUCACCCUCAUGAUAUCCCAGAUAUGUAUGACUUUCUUUCUUCUGCAGAACACAAAUUAUGAUUUUUAGAAGAAUAUUUCAGCUCUGUCGGGCCAUACAAUGCAAGUGAAUGGGUGCCAAAAUGUUUAUGCUCCAAAAAGCACAUAAAUGCAGCAUAAAAGAAAUCCAUAGGACUCCAGUGUUUAAUUUUUUUCAGAAGUGAUAUGACAGGUGUGGGUGAGAAACAGACACAAGAAGAAGAAUGUAAAAGUGAUCUGUUUCUCACCCACACCUGUCAUAUCGCUUCUGAAGAUAUUGAUUUAACCACUGGAGUCUUAUGGAUCAAAAUUUGGGCACCCAUUCACUUGCAUUGUAUGGACCAAAAGAGCUGAGAUAUUCUUCUAAAAAUCUUCAUUUGAGUUCUGCAGAAGAAAGUAAGUUGCAUCCAUCUGGGAUGGCACAAGGGUAUGUAAAUGAUGAGAGAACUUUCAUUUUUGGGUGAACUAUUCCUUUAACAUGUUUAUUUUUUGUAUGUGGCCAGGGUAAGGUCUUACUCAUGCAAGUGAUACACUAUAUUGCCAAAAGUAUUCGCUCAUCUGCCUUUAGACGCAUAUGAACUUAAGUGACAUCCCAUUCUUAAUCCAUAGGGUUUAAUAUGACGUCAGCCCACCCUUUGCAGCUAUAACAGCUUCGACUCUUCUGGGAAGGCUUUCCACAAGGUUUAGGAGUGCGUUUAUGGGAAUUUUUGACCAUUCUUCCAGAAGCGCAUUUGUGAGGUCAGACACUGAUGUUGGACGAGAAGGCCUGGCUUGCAGUCUUCGCUCUAAUUCAUCCCAAAGGUGCUCUAUCGGGUUGAGGUCAGGACUCUGUGCAGGCCAGUCAAGUUCUUCCACACCAAACUCGCUCAUCCAUGUCUUUAUGGACCUUGCUUUGUGCACUGGUGCGCAGUCAUGUUGGAACAGGAAGGGGCCAUCCCCAAACUGUUCCCACAAAGUUGGGAGCAUGGAAUUGUCCAAAAUCUCUUGGUAUGCUGAAGCAUUCAGAGUUCCUUUCACUGGAACUAAGGGGCCAAGCCCAGAUCCUGAAAAACAACCCCACACCAUAAUCCCCCCUCCACCAAACUUCACAGUUGGCACAAUGCAGUCAGACAAGUACCGUUCUCCUGGCAACCGCCAAACCCAGACUCAUCCAUCAGAUUGCCAGAUGGAGAAGCGUGAUUCGUCACUCCAGAGAACGUGUCUCCACUGCUCUAGAGUCCAGUGGCGGCGUGCUUUACACCACUGCAUCCGACGCUUUGCAUUGCACUUGGUGAUGUAUGGCUUGGAUGCAGCUGCUCGGCCAUGGAAACCCAUUCCAUGAAGCUCUCUACGCAUUGUUCUUGAGCUAAUCUGAAGGCCACAUGAACUUUGGAGGUCUGUAGCGAUUGACUCUGCAGAAAGUUGGCGACCUCUGCGCACUACGCGCCUCAGCAUCCGCUGACCCCGCUCUAUCAUUUUACGUGGCCUACCACUUCGUGGUUGAGUUGCUGUCAUUCCCAAUCGCUUCCACUUUGUUAUAAUACCACUGACAGUUGACUGUGGAAUAUUUAGUAGCGAGGAAAUUUCACGACUGGACUUGUUGCACAGGUGGCAUCCUAUCACAGUACCACGCUGGAAUUCACUGAGCUCCUGAGAGCGGCCCAUUCUUUCACAAAUGUUUGUAGAAGCAGUCUGCAUGCCUAGGUGCUUCAUUUUAUACGCCUGUGACCAUGGAAGUGAUUGGAACACCUGAAUUCAAUUAUUUGGAUGGGUGAGCGAAUACUUUUGGCAAUAUAGUGUAUUUAAAAACAUGUUCUUUUCUACCGUAUUAUGUUAGUACAAAAUCAGCGUUUAAACGUUUUUACGAUACAUUAAAUUUAAGUGCAACAUCAAAAUGAUGUGUGAGUGUGAUUGCCUUUUCUAAAAUCUAAAUCUAAAAAGGGAAAUAUUUAACUAAAAUUACUUCUUUGAAAGACGUUAGAAGAGGUGAGUUUUGCAUUGUAAGUUUCUCAUAAACUGGCAUUUUUGUAGCCUGACAUUCAUGGUUGUUUGUACUACAUUGUGUGACAUUGUUCACAAUGCUAAAAACAAGCUCCAAAUAACACCUAGCCAGUUUAUAAAUAUUUAAGAGUAUGCACUGAAUUAGGGAUGACGCGAUUAUACAGUUUUACUAUUAACUGCGAUUAAAAAUAUCAUGGUUAAUUUAACCAUAAGAAUUUAGAAUCAUACGGUUAAAAACCGUGAAAUGCUUUAUUUACACGUGGCAAAGAAUAUUAUAUAUAAUGUAUAAAUAUAAAAUAUAAAAGUUUUUCGUAAGAUUUUGUAAGCCUAAAUGGGAAAACUCUAUGUGGGUACUGGAGCUGUUGCUAUGGUUACGGAGGAUGGCCAUGGUGCUUUAAUCAGGUGUCCAGCAACUGAAGUUGAACUUUCAGUUCAUGUGAAACUGAAGCUUAAACACAAGAAUUCCAAAAUAUAACUGAGGAAUUCGAUCUUCCAGAUUAAUAUCCAUCAAAAAAGCGACUUAAAGGAGCUGUUUGGCAGCAUUUAAAUGACUGACUGAAGACGACGGAUGUAAAACAAGCAGACAGAAGUCAUAGAAAGACACACAUUCUACAAAUGGCACAAGAUGGUCCUCUUUAAUAUUUUUAGCUGUGGUGAUUUUAAAGUGAUGAAUUAAAUAUGCCACUUUUUUAAUGUUUAAGCCUGCUGAGAGCGCAUGGUGCAUUUGCCUGUAGCUAUCAGUGAGUAAACUGAAAAGUUGCGUCUUAAAUCGUCCUCAUUGUUUAAAGCAUUGUUUCUGUACAAAUUCACAGCAUUCAAUAUUAAAUGUCAAUUUUAGUCAUUAUAGGACUUUAAAUCAACUGUUGUAAGCAAUGUUCCCGUUAUUAUGCAUAGUCCAAAGGUUUAGCCUAUUUGUAAGGUGUUGUGGACAGUAUUUAGAGUCUGUUGCUGAUUCUUUAUGUUAGGUUUGCCUGGCAGACAACGGAUUACUAUAAUAAACUGAUGCAGAAGAAAAAACUGUUUAAUGCCGUGAACUAGGCUAGCCUACAUGUUGCGCACCCACAAUAAUCUUACAGUUACGCACUUUUGAAGCACUCUGUUUACACUUAAGCACAUCACUGAGUUUGAGAUGUGCAUAAGCUGUGUUGUGCCCUAGAUUGGAGCGUCUCUUAUUACGUGUGUGUGUGUAUUUAUCAGUUUUCUUAUUAUAGGGCUUCCCUUAGCGUCCAUAUAUCCCCCAGAAAUACGUCCACUUAGACGUUUGGACAAUUGUAAUAUGAUGUGCAUUUUUUUGCAUCAGUGCUGUUGCAUAAUAAGAAAAUGAGCAUAAUUGUAAAAGCAGUUAACCGCGAUUUUUUUUCUUUUUUUUCUCAGACGGUAAUCUAACGUCAAAAACUCACACCGCGGCAUCCCUACAUUGAAUAUACUUUUUUAUUUAUCUGUGCAUUAAUUUGAACUGUUAUUAUGCAUUGUGUAAUAUGUUGUAAUGAAACAUUACGUCCCCCUCCCACACCGCCCCUCCCCCCACCGGACCCACAUUUUGUCCCUCUCAAUGUUCAAACCAAAUCUACGCCAUUGCCUAACCCAACACAAGUAAAGCAAAAUCUAGCAAGACAAAAAAUGGAGAAAAGUCCUGGGAUGCCCAAUGCAGUAUCCUUGCAAUCAUUGUCCUAUAAUUUUUACAUGACCACAUACAAAGUCAUUCUGGAGGAGUGGGAACCCUCAAAUCAUUUUUACUUGGAACAGUGUUAAGAAAAUAAGAUGCUGUCAUCUGGGAUGACCACCAUUACCCACAUAAACAGAGUGAAAUGUAUUCAGUUUAACAAAAAUUGCCAAAGAUAUUUCUACCAAGUUUCCACUUUCAGGCAGGAAUUAUGGGUUGAAAUUAGGCGACUUUUCAUGGGAAGUAAAGUAGACAAUAGAUCAUCUGAGUGGAUGAAAAUGCAUGCCCAACAUCAGGGUCAGAAAUUAGGGGUGGCUUAGACCACUGACAGCAGGGCCGGCCUUUAGGUUUGUGGGGCUCUAGGCAAAAUCAUGAAAACGGGCCUCCCGGUGUGACAAUUGUCAUAAAUUUAAAACAUCCAUAGAACCACUGCAAAAGUGAUGAGCAGAUUCUUUUAAUAGAAAGCAUUUUUUUUUAAAAAGCACUAUACUGUAUAGCUCGGUAGAUGACAAUAACGUGUCCGAUAGCUUUUUUCCCCAACAUGAAGAUGUUAGGUUAAAAUUUACAUGCAUGCAUAAGGGAAUAUGUGUAUUUUAGGUGCUGUGAUUUUAUUUUGAUCGCCUUUCAACUUUUUUCUAGAAGUACAAAUAAAUUCGUGUCUCAGUUAAUAUGAGGUCAUGUAAACUGCAAGUAUGAUAAUUACUGGAUAACAUUUUACAAUAAGGUUUGCAUAGGUAUCAUUAAAGGUGCACUCAGUAUCUUUUGUCUUUGUGUCAUCUUGGACUUACACUGACACCUAGUGGUGUGGAUGCAGCAUAAUUUAAAAUCAAUAGUUUUCAGUUUCAGAUGCCAUUGUAGAAAUGUAGUAUUCCCAUUCAGCCAUGAUUACUUUAAUCAGUGAGUGAAAGUGUCAAAUAACAGGAUGGUUACUGAGAUUAAGCGAGUAGUAUUCGGCUGGUCAUGUGAUUCUAACAUGGCAGCUCCCAUGUGCGGACCCUCUCCAUGUAGAAUAAAACAGCUUUUAUAAGGUUACUGAUAUGACUGGACUGGAGUCUUCAUUUUAAUAUGAGUGCUCAUAAUUUCCUACAUAUAUUGCAAAAUUACAAUUCAUGUCUUUAGGAGUUAAACUUUUUUAAUGAGGAAAAAAUUACCGAGUGCACCUUUAAGAAUGUAUAAUACAAUUUUCCAGCAUUUAUUAAUCUUGUCUAAUGUCAAUUUAUAAAAAUAAAAUUGUUUAUUGUUUGUUCAUGUUAGUUCACUUUGUGUUAACUCAUGCUAUUUUUCAUGUUAAAAUAUAUGUAGAAAUGAACAUUAACCAUGAUUAUUAAGUAUUGUUUAUUGUUAGUUCAAGUUAACUAAUGUAGUUAACUAAUGUUAACAAAUACAACCAAAAGUGUUACCAAUUAAAGUAACUCAAAAUAAGAAAAUGCAGUUUAAAAUCAUUUUAGAUAGUUUUAAUAGUAUAGGACACUGCGGACAAUGCCUGAAAUUCAAUUUCAACUACCCGCAUAAAUGUGUAAAUGUUUAUUUAGAGCAACAAAAUCAAUGAAAACAAAAAGUUGCCAGAAUGUGUGCAAAAGUUAAUACAUUAGGGAAAAUAAGGUAACUACAGCAAUGGGGGUGGGGAGUUAAUUAUGUAUAAAUUAAAUUACAUAUUUUAAAUAGGGCCUAUAAACACAACACCUCAAAAUGUAUAUUUAUAAACAAAAUUAAAGAAUAAACACACCUCUUAGAGAGCAGACAUCUUUGCUGAUAGUUUGGUUAUUUUUGAGACUAAUUGCUCAUAUGUUCACUCUAUGCGAGUUUUUUGCAUCUUUAUAUCAGCAGUGUUUUAAUUCCUUCCACAGAUUAUUCUUGAGAAAACGAGAAAAGACCAAAUGAUUUGGCAAGCGCUGUAUUUGCUAUCAUUUACACAAAGUAACCCUCAAAGACUCAAAUAGCCACAAAGCAAUAUUUUUCAUAACGUAUUUCCUGCAUUUCUGUCAGGCAUGCACAUUAUUUAGCAAGGUCUGCGUGCAAUCUGUGUCUAAUAAUACUGUUAUAAGAAGCCACGCUCCAGUUCCCAGCAAUGCUUUGCGUUAUGAAUACAUUUUGCUGAUUAGGGUGUACUGCUUAGCUUUACUUCUUGACCAUUUUAUAUACACUGCUGUUAUUUUAGUUUUGUAACUUUCAGUAGUUUGUAUUUUUGUGAUUAUUUAGAGCUCAUUUUAUACUUAAUAUGUUGUUUUUAGUUUUCACCAUCAUUGUGAUUUGUAUGUUAAAUGAUCAAGUCCACGUGUGUUGCACUCUCAGUGACUGUGCGAUAGAAACCAUUGGACUACGGAAAAUUUCAAAA